AUGGAUUCUGACAAUGUGGACGAGUCUGUGGGGAUGCUUGAUUUAAAGACCAAGUUCGAUGUGUUUAUUGAAAACGGAGAUAAGAACCUUGAAAUGGAUACUGGUACAAGGGCUACCACUGUUCCCAACACACCUACUUCUGAUACUAAGAACAGUAACUCGCAUAGCUCGGUGUCUCCUUUGAGGUCGUUCUCUAGAAGAUCUGGUACAGGUUCAAGUGUAGGAAGUACAGCUGGGAAGACAAAUUUGUCACCGCAAUUAUUGACACCAGUGCGACUCAAUGAAGGAGAGCAUCCUCUGAAAGACAUUCCUUCGGCGAAUGGUUCUAAUGUCAAGUCCAAAUCUAAUAACAAGAGUAAACGGCGCUCCUUGAUCCAACCUAUUACGGCUCCAAUCUCUCCAGAUCACCAUGGUAAUAAUUUCUCUAGUGCUGGUCCAGUUGCAUCUGAAACUAGGAAACUCUCUGGGCACCAACGUGUUAUUAGCAACACUUCGAUGCAUUCACGAAGAAGUAGUUCGCAGUCAAUUAUGAACGAUGUCAGUCAGGAUGGUUCUUUGGGCAUCAGUUCACUGCUACAGAGCUUGGCCAGUAAAGAACUCGAGCUGUUAGAAACGAAACAACGAAUUGAGGAUUUAAGAAGGCAGCUAGCCUCAGAAGAAAAUGCAUAUAAUCAAGGAGCUUUAGAGUUAAAAUCUCUAAAAGAGCAGGUCAGUAGUUAUUUGAACCCAACAACAUUUGGGAGUAAUAAUAACAAUCAUAGCAUUCAAAUUGCUGAUGGACAGGAUUAUGUUAUCGAUAGCACCACUAAUGAACUGAUUCCAACAAUAUCCAGAGCAGAAAGUGAGACUAAACUGAAUAUACCGAAGUCAUCGAAUUCGAUAUCAUCCGGUAAUUCCAAGAUCCAUAGUAGAGCGCUUUCAAAUUUAAGUCCUAAGCAAGAAGAAGGGCAAGAAGAUGAGGCCAACGAAUCAAUUUGGAGUAAGUCCUUGAGUAUGUUCACUAGACUAGAUCAGAUAAUCCAGCAGGAAGUUGAGAAAAGUUUAAAUUGGGAAUCAAGCCCAGAGCCUACGGCGUCAACAUUUGCUCCUAUAACAGAAGAACCUGGUCAAUAUUACGAUCAGAAUUCGAAUUCUUUUGUAAGGGAGUCCUCUAGACAACAGAACUCACACAAUUCAUCAGAAGCUAAUGAUAACAGUUAUUCAUCUAGAUCUAUAUGGAAUUUUGUUAGUGAAGUCAAGACUGGAUUGUUAGGGAAGCCUGAUGAUGAGCUCAAAGGAUCGAAACCACAAAUUAAUACAAAAACAGAUAGCUUAGAGUUCUCUAAUGCAUCGGACGAUGCUAAUGAUUCACCUACUAUUGAAUAUAACAUAAAACAAUUUAAAACAAGAAGAAAAGUAACUGGAGACGUUGAAGUCGAGAACAGCUCUUCUAAAUUAAGAGACGUUUCUAUAGGAGAUAAUGUAGAAGAGGAUGACAAUGAAAAUCGAAUUAGACAGGUUAACAACAGAAGGAAGGUCGUUGAAAUGAUAGAUUUUAAUUGA